UAUCUUGGGUUGCUGAUCAAUUCCCAACCUCGGCGCUUCUGAUGCGCUUUUACAACAAACACCGUGCUCAAAGCUAUCUCGAAGCUUAAGCCGAAAUUGAGGCCAAAGUUGGAGUAGGAGUAGGAGUAGGACUACUUAUAGUAGGAGUUGGAAAUUGGAAAUCAUGCCUCCAAGACAGAACCGUUACCAACCAGCCAGGGAAUUCCAUGUUGUCGUGUUAGGUGCAGGCGGUGUCGGAAAGAGCUGUCUUACAGCUCAGUUUGUCCACAACGAAUGGAUCGAGAGUUAUGAUCCGACAAUAGAAGACUCGUAUCGCACUCAAGUGGCCGUUGAUGGCCGCCAGGUUGUUCUGGAGAUUCUCGACACUGCCGGCACUGAGCAGUUUGUUGCCAUGCGCGAUCUCUACAUGAAGACUGGUCAGGGAUUCCUAUUGGUUUUUAGUAUCACUUCAGCUUCGUCAUUGGCUGAGCUUGCGGGGCUUCGUGAUGAGAUCAUACGCAUCAAGGACGACGAGACUGUGCCAAUCGUCAUCUGUGGGAACAAAGCCGAUCUCGAAGACCAGCGGUCCGUGCCCCGAACCAAGGGAUUCCAAAUCUCGCAGAGAUGGGGCGCGCCAUACUACGAAGCCAGUGCUCGAACGAAGACCAACGUUGACGAAGUAUUUAUCGACUUAUGUCGACAAAUGCUGCGAAAGGAUGACGCUGGGGAAAUAUUUGUGGAGGAACAGGACGACAAAUUUGACCCGUACUCUAUAUCAUAUUAUAAAAAGCGCAGGAGGCGGAAGGACAAGGACCGGGAUUCAAGCCGUCGACCCAAAUGCGUUAUUCUAUGAUAUCCUUGCCAAUGGAUACUCAUAGGACCGGGACAGCAACUUGCUCGGGUGUAUAAGGAUUCAUUCUCACAGCAUACACGAUCGCUACCCAGCACCG